CUCAUCCCGCCCUAGUUUCAACGGAUGGAACAAAUUUCCAUUGUUUCAUCUGAAUCUGAUCUUCUCCGCUCCCCUGCUCAUCCGUAUAGCAGCGCUGUGAUACACAUUUCACAGCUGCAGGAAAUAUAUGUAAGAGACCCGGUCAAUCGACAGUUGACUAAAUUGCCUCGACAUGAAUGAACCCCUAUUUGACCGCGUUUGGCGCUGAGAAGCUGAGAUGGGGAGGCUGAGUGAUAGCCGGACUCCUGACCAAGUUGCCGUGAUUGGCCAGAGCUCAGGCACUUCUCCUCUUCCCGACCAGGCCUUACAAACCCCUACGCAAUACCCUCCUUCCCGGCGAAGAUGUCUCUGCUACGGAGAGGAUUCGCAACCAUGGCCUCAAUCAAGAAGCCAGGCAAAGUCGUGUGCAUUGGCCGCAACUAUGCGGACCAUGUUGCCGAGUUGAACAACCAGAGGCCGAAGCAGCCAUUUUUCUUUCUAAAGCCGCCAUCCUCAAUCCUGCUUCCAGGGGCAGGCCCUAUCAUCCGGCCCAAGGGAAUUGACCUUCACUAUGAAGUCGAGCUGGCUCUCAUCAUCGGCAAGCAGGUCAAAGACCUGAACGCCGAAGACGAGAGCUCCGCCUUUGCUGCCAUCGAGAGUUAUGCCAUCAGCAUUGACAUGACCGCCCGAAAUGCCCAGAAUGAGGCCAAGAAGAAGGGGCUCCCCUGGGACAUUGCAAAGGGCUUCGACACGUUCCUCCCGAUCAGCAAAGUCAUUGAGAAGUUGGCUCUUCCGGAUCCUCACAAUGCCGAGAUCUACCUGACAGUCAACAACGAGGUCCGUCAGCAGGAUUCGACCGAGCUGAUGCUCUUCAGGAUCCCGAGGCUCCUGAGUGAUAUCUCCAAGGUCAUGACUCUCGAGCCGGGCGACAUCGUCCUGUCAGGGACGCCUAAGGGCGUUGGGGCGGUUGUCCCUGGCGACAUCCUCCGUGCUGGCAUUAGGGUCAAUGGCAAAGAAAUCGAGGAGGGCAAGAUCGAGGUCGGGGUUGAGGAGUCUACGGGUGCUUAUGAAUACAGCGAGACAUGAGUACGGCCCCUGUCCAGGUUCCUACGUCGGGCUGAGAUGCUGGCCGCCAACUCAAUUGUAUGUUGCAUAGAAAGUACAUAGCUGUAGAUAUAUAGACAAGAUACACCAGCUCUUGCUUUGAGCUAGAAUUACUGCUUGUUGGGGUCCUGAAUGGAUCCCGGCUUUGGACACCAGUCAGCC